AUGGAAAUUUUAUUACAAUUUGAAAAUAACAUAAGUGUUGGUGUGUUGGCUAAAGCAUAUAACUUCGGAAAACAAACGGUUCGUGACAUUGUAAAAAAGAAAGCCGAACUACAUAGCUUUGUAGCUAAAGCUGACAGUGCAAAAGCUAUUUCUGAUAGGAAAUCUCUAAAAGAGUCUACUUUACGAGACCUUGAUGAUGGAUUAGGUGGUUCUUGCAGAAAAGAUCGGAAGAGGUUCCACUAUCAGGACCCAUCAGUGAUAAGCCAAAAGUUUCACGAACAGUUCAAAAUCAAAGGAAACUUAUCGGCAUCUUCUGGUUGGCUAUACACAAUUAAAAAUCGUCAUGGAAUACGAGCUAUGGUAGAAUUUUGCUAUGAUUUGACAAAUCUUAUAAAGUAG